GUGUUUCUGAUUGCAGCCACCUGCGGCUCCAAGGCCCUCCCUGUGCGUCAGCGUGACGUAUGCAGCGAAUGCGGAAGUGUAGCGCUAAUCGUAAACAACAGCAGUAACGCUGCUGUCGACGAUGGUGUACGUCUCUAACGGUCAGGUCCUGGACAGCAGGGCACAGUCACCGUGGCGACUGUCUUUUCUGGUCGAGCUCUUCUGGGGAGCGGUAGAGUUCAUCGGGCUGUUUUUUCAGACGCUGGUUCAGCCUGACCUGACAAAAGACAGAAACUCCGGCCUGUCACGCUUCAGUGAUGGCAGAGGUCCUCCAGGUCCCCCUGGUGGCAGAAGGCGGAUGGGCAGGAUAAACCACGGUGGAGGCCCCAGUGCUCCACCCAUGGGAGGGGGAGGAUGAGGAAGGUAAACGCCUACACUAGAUGUGUAGGCGUGGGCUGAAGCCCAGCGUCAGUCCCCUCGUUUCCUGAACGACGGCGACGUCACGGUGCUGAAGCCCCUCCUCCUCGGCUGCUGCUGCCACAAGCAGCUUUUUGACGCUUCCCUGGGAAUUCCUACAUGUAGGGGCCAGGACGGCCGAUACUGCAGCCACCUGCACCACCACCUCCCCCCUUCCUGCUUUUGACCCCUCCCCUUCCUGUCACAGUGGUCUCUCAUAGGGAUGUGUGUCAUGUUGCUGGCAUCCCUGUUGGGAAUGGUACACUUAGUGUCCCUGUUUUAUAUCCUUCUGUUUGAUUAAAGAUUUGCGCUGUCAAAACAUGUCAGC